AAGUACAGACAGCGCUUCGAGAAUACCACAACUAGCUGAGCUAUUGCCACAGUUCGGGUAGCCAGCAUUGGAUGCCAUGAUGCUACUGGCCUUUCUACUUUUCUUGGAUCAAAGUUUAGCAGCUCACAGAGGUUCGGACGAUGAAAGAUGCCCGAUUGAAGUCUCCAAACUUCGACAUCAGCUACAAAGUUUGCAGAAUCAAUUCCUGCUGGGCGCUUGGCGGCUGAAGAAUGUAAAAGAAUAUAAUCUCUACUGGAUAAUGGAAAACAAUAAAACAGAAAAGAAUGAACAAGACACUGAAUUACAACCCAAUGCUUCACAUCCGUUUGCUCAUCGCCAUGAUUGUUCUGAUAUGUACAUCAGUGGCGAAACCACAAGUGGAUAUUACAGAAUUAAGCCAAAAUCUAUUGCUGAACCAUUUCUUGCAUACUGUGAUAUGUCAGAUGGUGGUGGAUGGACAGUUAUUCAACGACGCACUAAUGGCAAGGUGAAUUUUAACAGAGGCUGGGAUGACUAUAAAUCAGGCUUUGGAUCAUUUCAAGGUGGGAAAGAUGAAUAUUGGCUCGGAAAUGAAAAGAUACACCAAAUUCUGGCUGCAGGAAAGUAUUUAAUAAAGAUUGACCUCGUUGAUUGGAAUGGAGAAAAGAGGUAUGCUACCUAUGAAAAAUUUAGCAUCUCAGAUGAAAAGGAUAAAUACAGGCUAACAUUUGGAACCUAUGGUGGAAAUGCAGGGGAUGCAUUGUCUGGUGGUUUGAUGCCACAGGUGCAGUGGUCAGCUUCUCACAAUGGGAUGCAAUUCAGCACAUCAGACCAGGACAACGACAGAUACCUACAGGGGAGUUGCUCUCAAGAAAAUAAAUCUGGCUGGUGGUUUAACAGAUGCCAUAUGGCCAACCUUAAUGGAAAAUACUAUCGACGUGGCAACUACACUGCAAAACAUGAUAAUGGAAUUCUCUGGUACACCUGGACAGGAUGGUGGUACUCUCUGAAAUUCACAGCCAUGAAAGUCCGACCACUCUACUUCUUUUCAAGUGCUGGAAGCGGAGAUUAUGGCAACAAAAUUGGGUAGUAUUCACUUGACAAGGAACUGGAUCCUUAAUAUCACAUGCCAGGUUACUUAAUCCAAAUAAGAGAGAAAUACUAUGGAGUUAAACAUUUGUAUUUUGUAAACUGUGUCAUCGUUAAAUAGACUAUAGCUAACUUUUUGUAUUGUGACAAUAAAUUACUUUAUAAUUUUGAUGACAAAAUGGCAACCUGUGUCAGUCCAUUUUAAUUAGCGGAAUCAACAUUCUGCAAAAAAAAGGAUAAAAAGGGGGCGGGGGUAAUUUAACUUAACAGAUACCCAUUUUAUGACAAUGUUUAAGGCCCACUUGAUAUUCGGGUGGACCUAUAAAUGAGCGACUAGCCUGGUCUCCUGAAAUGAGCUUAAAGCUACCUAAGGGUGGAAAUCGAAAUCCCAUAGGAACAAAUGCAGGCCGCCAGCAGAAAUGCACAACCUUUUAUUUUUAUGGACCGAGAAGAAGCAUCAGACCCCGACCCCAUAAAACUCCAGCCCAUUCCCAAUGCCCUUUUGAUGCUCCGUUCCCAACAUCAGUUUAUAACCUACUAGACCUGUCCUAAUAUCCAGCUCCACAUGAGAGGCAGCCGAUUUCCGGCCAGCGACCUGUUUUUGUAGCCACAGCUCGCUGCCAAUAUUUACCAACUCUGUGACUGUCCUGGACAGAAAUCAAAUUUACUGGUCAAAGGUCUUCAUUAUCCUGAAACUAAUAUCUGAAAGAUAUUCAGGCAUAUAUUUUCAUACUGUAUUAAAUGUGACAUUUAAAUCAAUAUUGAGCACUUGCAUAUUUGAGGAAACAUUCAAGUAAAUCUUUAGGGUUUAAAUCAUGUUGAUACUGUGCUCAACUGAGCUUUUUAACUGAAAAUAACAUUUAUUUCUAAUUGCCAUAUAAAGAAUGCCUUAAAGCAUUGGAAUUCGUGAAGUAUUUUUGAAAUGAAUGUGAAUGCACUCGAUCUGAGAAAGAAGAAUUGACUGAUCAUUUGCAUAUACUUGUCCUCUUGUGAUUGACUGACUGAAAAUGCUUUGUAUAAUAAGUAUCACAAUAAAAUGCUCAUU